UUGCCGUUCAACCAAACUUACUAUGAGAUAGAUAAGGAAAUAUAAUACAAGAGAUAAUAUCGUAUGAGUUGAUAAGGCAAGAGAUAAUAUCGUAUGAGUUGGUAAGGCAAGAGAUAAUAUCUCUGAACUGGUAAGGCAAGAUAAUUGGAGAUAUAUGCAAUUAUGUAUGGGAGACAGGCUUUCAUGAGAGGCUAGUUGGCGCGAGCGGGGAGAGAGAGAUCUUAUGCCACUUCAGAAUUCAGAUACGCAACAAAUAUAGCAAGGUCUUGGUUGCCAAAGAAAUGGGUCUCAAGGCUAGUGAUUUAGAAAUUAGAAUGAAAUACAGCUCAAUGCACUGAAUCCACUUUGCUAAGGUGCCUGAAGAUGCAGUUGGAUGGAAUUCCCUAUAGCCUAUAUAUGUAGAGAGAUCAUAUACUACAUACUUGAUCAAUAGUAAGGCUAGAGUGCGAAACCAUAAAGAUUUUAGAUAUCUUUGUCUAUAAUGGCGUUAUUGUUAAUCACGCUCUUAGCUUUGUUAGCAUCUUCUUCAAUCAUUCUAAGUUACAAUGGAGUCUAUGGAGUAAGAAGCCUCACCACCAUGGAGGAAAAAGAAGAAGAUCUUGAGUUGGAGAGACAACUCAAAUAUCUCAACAAGCCUGCAGUCAAGAGUAUCAAGACGGAAUAUGGUGAAAUCUAUGAUUGUGUUGAUUUCUACAAACAAUCAGCCUUCGACAAUCCGUUACUCAAGAACCACAAACCUGAGAUGAGUUCUUCGAUUCCAAGACAGACUCACAAUGAAACUUCUUCAGAAGUAGAUCCCCUUGAUUAUCUCCGUCUUGAUGAUGGGGGUUGCCCAUCAGGAACAGUUCCCAUUAGAAGGACAACAAAAGAAGAUUUAAUUAGGUGGAAAUCCUAUUCAAAUUCUUCUGAAAAUUUUCAUCAAUUCUUAGAUGAGGGACCUGGUAAACAUUUUGCAGGCUAUCAACUGAAAAAUGAAAACUUGAAGUAUCAUGGAGGUUCAGCAUACUUGAGUAUACACAAUCCCUCAGUCUCCCCUAAUCAAUACAGUGGAGCUAUGAUCUGGGCACAAGGUGGACAAAACCACGUACAAGUUGGAUGGCAUGUGAAUCCUAAAUUAUACGGUGACACCAAAACCCAUUUCUUUGGGCAUUGGACUGCAGAUGGGUCUCAAAAGACUGGCUGCUUCAAUUCCAUCUGCAGUGGUUUCGUCCAAGUUAACAAAGAUACACCACUUGGUACGGUUAUCAGCCAAACUUCUACCUACGGUGAAGAUCCAUACUCAGUGCCAGUCUUUCUUUACCAGGACAAGAAGAGUAGAAACUGGUGGAUCGCACUUGGAGAAAAAAGUACUAAUAUCGGGUAUUGGCCAAAAGAAUUAUUCAAUAGUAUAAGAGAAUCAGCUCCUGUGGUUGGCUGGAGAGGAGAGGUUUAUACUCCCCAAGGUGAACAAGAUCCUCCAAUGGGGAGCGGACAUUUCCUUUCAGAGGGUGGACUUCCAGCAUACAAAAAAACUGCGUAUUUCAGAGCAGUCCGAGUUAACGGAGACGAUGAUAUUGCUCGAGGUCCUAAUGAUGCUAGCCUUGAAACGGUCACAAAUGGAUGCUUUAUUGCGGAAGAUUUUCCCUACAUUAAUGAUUUUUGGAGGCAUACUUUCUUUUAUGGUGGUCCUGGGGGAACUUGCUAAUUAAGGAUUUGUCAAUAAUAACAUUGUGAUCAUAGACAUGACAUCCAUGAUGUUAAUCACAAUUUUCAACUUCUAUUAAACUUUAUUUACUGAA